CUUUACGGCACGAUGGUCGUGCAAGAAUGUGAUACAGCCUCGACGGCCGCCAUUUUCUUCCUUUCUUAGCGGUUAGCCGAGAGGGGAGCCUCCGCGAGGAGACGGCCGGCAGCGUGUGCGGUAGCGUGGGUAUGGCUGACUACUCGACAGUGCCUCCGCCGUCGUCUGGCUCAGCUGGCGGCGGCGGCGGCGGAGGAGGAGUUAACGAUGCUUUCAAAGAUGCCCUGCAGAGAGCGCGGCAGAUUGCAGCAAAAAUUGGGGGUGAUGCUGGUACAUCAUUGAAUUCAAAUGACUAUGGUUAUGGGGGACAAAAGAGACCCUUAGAAGAUGGAGAUGGCUCUUGGACAAAUCCGAGCAGUACCACACACUGGGAGGGAAUGCCCUCUCCUUUUAAAGAUCAACCAGAUGCUAAGAAAGUACCUCCCCAAAAUGAGUCUUUUGGAUCACAGUUACCUCCAAUGCAUCAGCAGCAAAGCAGAUCUGUAAUGACAGAAGAAUACAAAGUUCCAGAUGGAAUGGUUGGAUUUAUAAUUGGCAGAGGAGGUGAACAGAUCUCACGCAUACAGCAAGAAUCUGGAUGCAAAAUACAGAUAGCACCUGAUAGUGGUGGCCUUCCAGAAAGGUCUUGUAUGCUAACUGGAACACCUGAAUCUGUCCAAUCAGCAAAAAGAUUAUUGGACCAGAUUGUUGAAAAGGGAAGACCAGCCCCUGGCUUUCAUCAUGGUGAUGGACCUGGAAAUGCAGUUCAGGAAAUCAUGAUUCCAGCCAGCAAAGCAGGGCUGGUUAUUGGAAAGGGGGGAGAGACUAUUAAACAACUUCAGGAACGGGCUGGUGUUAAAAUGGUUAUGAUUCAAGAUGGGCCUCAAAACACUGGUGCUGAUAAACCUCUUAGGAUUACGGGUGACCCAUACAAAGUUCAGCAAGCCAAGGAAAUGGUAUUAGAGUUAAUUCGUGAUCAAGGUGGUUUCAGAGAAGUGCGGAAUGAGUAUGGCUCAAGAAUAGGAGGAAAUGAAGGGAUAGAUGUCCCAAUUCCAAGAUUUGCUGUUGGCAUUGUAAUAGGAAGAAAUGGAGAAAUGAUUAAAAAAAUACAGAAUGAUGCUGGUGUUCGAAUUCAGUUUAAGCCAGAUGAUGGAACAACGCCUGAUAGGAUAGCACAGAUAACAGGACCUCCAGACAGAUGUCAGCAUGCUGCAGAAAUUAUCACAGACCUUCUACGAAGUGUUCAGGCUGGCAAUCCUGGUGGGCCUGGCCCUGGUGGUCGAGGACGAGGGAGAGGUCAAGGAAACUGGAAUAUGGGACCACCUGGUGGACUCCAGGAAUUUAAUUUCAUUGUGCCAACUGGGAAGACUGGAUUGAUAAUUGGAAAAGGAGGUGAAACCAUAAAAAGCAUAAGCCAGCAGUCUGGUGCAAGAAUAGAACUUCAAAGAAAUCCUCCGCCUAAUGCAGAUCCUAACAUGAAGUUAUUUACAAUCCGGGGCACUCCACAGCAAAUAGAUUAUGCUCGACAACUCAUAGAAGAGAAAAUUGGGGGCCCAGUAAAUCCUUUAGGGCCACCAGUACCCCAUGGGCCCCAUGGGGUUCCAGGUCCUCAUGGGCCUCCUGGACCUCCAGGGCCUGGAACUCCAAUGGGACCAUACAACCCUGCACCUUACAAUCCAGGACCACCUGGCCCAGCUCCUCACGGUCCUCCAGCCCCAUAUGCUCCCCAGGGAUGGGGAAACGCAUACCCACACUGGCAGCAGCAGGCUCCUCCUGACCCAGCUAAGGCAGGAACAGAUCCAAACUCGGCAGCCUGGGCUGCUUAUUAUGCUCACUAUUACCAACAGCAGGCACAACCCCCACCUGCAGCUCCUGCUGGUGCACCAGCUACAACCCAAACUAACGGACAAGGUAACUACGGAGAUCAGCAGAAUCCAGCUCCAGCUGGACAGGUUGAUUACACAAAGGCUUGGGAAGAAUACUACAAGAAAAUGGGUCAAGCAGUUCCUGCUCCUACUGGGGCCCCACCAGGAGGUCAGCCGGAUUAUAGUGCAGCCUGGGCUGAAUACUACAGACAGCAAGCUGCAUAUUAUGCCCAGACAAGUCCCCAAGGAAUGCCGCAGCACCCUCCAGCUCCUCAGUGCCUUCCCAGACCUUCCACCUUAGGUUCUGCUGCAAAAAGCAACAGUGCUGAAGAUGCUGCAAGCACCAAAUCAUAGCUCAUAAAAUCAGGUCCUGAGAUAGUUACCCAUAAAGAGGAAUCCUUUGAGUGUAUGCCAUUGGUGAGCCGAUGAGCAUGGACCAUAGAAGGGCUCAAUGUAGAAGGUAAAAUUGGCAAAUCAUAAUUGAGAAAUAUGAACUGUAUUCCCAUACAUAAUAUGGUAUAGGGUGUAAUGUACCUUGAUCACUUUCAUUUUAAAGUGCUAUUCACUUAAAUGUUCCAUGAACUGUUUAAGUUAUAUAGCUAUUGCACCACUGUGUGUGUGUGUGUGUGUGUGUGUGUGUGUGUGUGUGUGUGUGUGUGUGUGUGUGUAAGAGAGAAUGAGAGGGAAAGGUAGGUAGGUAGGUUGGUUGGUCAGGUCAGUAUGUUGCUAGCAGAUCUUUAGAGCCUGUCAAGUUUUGGUUGGUUAGUUGUAGGAACUUUUCACUGGUACUGUAAGCAUUUUAAAUAGCACCAGUCUUAACCUUUAAAUGGAAAGUAGAAAAGGUGAGCCAAUUGAUGUGAAUGUGGCAGAUUUUAAGGUUGGUAGAAAUUGAAUGGUUUAGAUGGAAAGUAAACUCAUUUAAUUAAAAGUUUACAGAUUAUUUUAAUGCCAUACAUGUUAGUGUAGUGAUACUUAGAAUUCUUUGCUUUGAUGUUUCAGAAAUGCAUAUACUAGAGAAUCAUUUUGAUAUUAAAACUGGUGACUUCAUACUAGUAAAGUGUUUUCUUAAACAAGUAUCUUGAUACUUAAUUGAUUAACAUAGGUUUAGAUAGGAGUAGCAAGUGCUCUCGAGGAAGUUUUGUUCAGUUGAAUACUUUGCCAUUACAACCAGUUCUUCCUGAAAAUACUUACAUGUCUAGAAUAUUGAUGUAGAAUUAACUCGCUGAAGAUAAUCUCAUUUUAGUUCUGCAAAUUCUGCCUGGCUUUAAAAUGCAUAUUCAUAAUACUUAGAAAUAAUUUGACUGAAAAUAACUCUGCUUUUCUGUUUAAUCAGUCAAUCAACUUUUACUACAAAUUUAAUUGAGGGAUUUUUUUUAAAUUGGUGCUUUAAAGAAGCAAGUAAAUCCCUGGGUUUUAUUUUCUUCAGUGAUACCCUAAAGAAACUCUUUAAUGUAUUUGCAAGUAUAUAUAUAUAUAUAUAUAUAUUUUCUUAUGCAUGCUCGAUGCAUUUUCGUCCUGAGAAAAGUGUUCUCUACAGAAACUACCCGUGUGUUAAAAGAAGAUUGGCUUAAAAUGGCUACUGUGAUGGGAACAGUGUCUUAGGGAGAUGCAGCUUGGACUUGAGGUAAAUUGAAUACUUUACAAACUGGUUUAGAGUUUUGCUUUAAUGACAUUGUAUGUAAAAGGGCACAUGAUUGUUGUAAUUUUGUAUUCUUUAUGGUUUUCCUUAAUUAAAAAAUAAAUGUACAGUGAUUACUAUUA